AUGGAAUGGCCAACACCGACGAGCAAUGUGCAAAAUGAGAGAGUUGCUUUCAUGCCACCGCCACGGUUGGAGUCUAACUGCUGGCUCCACAGCUUCAGCUAUGAUCCUUCUGCAGGGAAUUCGUAUACGCAAACCGGGCCGGUUAUCGCUGUACCGGAAUCAGAAAAGAUGAUCAAUACGUACCAGUGUGAUCCGAGUAACAACAACGAGAUGAUAAACAAGAAGAAGAAGAGGCUAACGAGUGAACAGUUAGCUUCACUUGAAGUAAGUUUCCAAGAAGAUAUCAAACUAGAUUCAGACAGGAAACUAAAGCUGUCGAAGGAGCUUGGUCUGCAUCCACGUCAGACAGCGGUUUGGUUUCAGAACCGCCGUGCGCGCUGGAAGGUGAAGCAUCUCGAAGAGUCAUACGACUCGCUUAGGCAAGAGUACGAUGCUGUUUGGAGAGAGAAGCAGAUGCUACACGAUGAGGUGAAGAGGCUGAGAGCUAUAAUACUAAGAGAUCAGGGUUUGAUGAUGAACAGCAACCAAAUCGCCAGAGGAGAUCAAGCUAACGGUAUUGGUGGAUACAUUAAUCCCAUGAUGGUUGGCUCUUCUCACGUGCGCUGGCCACCGAUAUCGCAGCCGCCUAACCCGUGGUAG